UUUUAGAUGUCCCCCUUGCACACACAGACUGCGCAACAAUAACAUCGGGCCCCAAAAAAAAGACGAAAACUUCGUCGUGAAUUGUAAAAUACAAAAAAAAACGCACUCAAACGCGCUGGUUUGUUUUUUUUCACGUGUAACUCACCGAAAAACAAAAAAAAAAAAACAAAAACGCAAAGGAAUUAAACAGCAACACCAACACCGCGUACAUAUGUAUAUGUACGUGCAAGUGCAAGGCAAACAUAAACAACGUGUGUGAUCACUGAAAAGGCAACACAAAAGUUAGUUAAUAAAAACCAGGCACCCGUUGCAUUGUUCAAAAUAAUCCAAGAUUUAAACGAGCAACAAAUAAAUAGCAACAAAAAGAAAAAAAGAAGGAGCUGAAUGCAAACCGGUAAAAAUAGCGGUAAAUUUCGGGGGAGAAGGACAACAACAACAACAAUUGCAGUGGGGGCAAGCAACAACAACAACGAGGGACUUCCAGUGCAUCUUCCCUUUCCUUCUCAUCCUUCCCGAAUUCUUCCCGAUUUACGGUUAUAAUGGACACCAUCUGUAGAUUGUGCUUCCAAACGGCAACGUUAUUCCAGGUGCCUGGCUACAGCAUACCCACGUGCGUCCGCUGCUCGGAGCAGUUGACAAAUAAUUCCAACUUCCAUCAGUCGGCAGCAGCGGCGGCCGCAGUCGCAGCCUCAGCCUCUGCCGCAGUCGCCGCCUCGGCUGCAGCGGCGGCCACCUCCUCCUCGACUGCCUCCUCCAGCGAUAGUGAUGCCGUCGCGCUGCAGCAUCAGAAUCCGCAACAGCAGCACUCACAGCAAGCGCAGCAGCAGCAACAAAUGCAAUCAUCCAGUUCUUCCGAGAACCUCCAGUCGCAGGACGAUUCCGAAGACGUGGAUCUGAUAUUCAACGAGGAGGGCUCCUGCCCGCUAUGCAACAAAACUUUCUCGCGCAAAUCCUCGCUCAUGACGCACAUACGAAAUCACUCGGCGGAGCGUAAGUUUGUGUGCACCUACUGCCACAAAGGCUUCACGCAGGCGGCUAACUUGCGGAACCACGAGCGCAUCCACACGAACGAUCGGCCAUAUCAGUGCGUGGAUUGUGGCAAGACCUUCACGCAGAUUACCAACCUGAACAAUCACCGCAGAUUACACACCGGCGAACGGCCCUUCGUCUGCAAUGAACCCGAGUGUGGUCGCAGUUUCGCCCAGGUGACGAACCUGAACAACCACAUGAAGUCGCACCACAAGGUGCAGCAGUACUGCUGCAACGUGUGCAACAAGAAGUUUACGCAGGUGACCUCACUCAACCAGCACCUGCAGGCACACGCCGGGGUCACUGGCUACUACUGUCCCCGCUGUCCGGAGAAGAACUUCAAGCUGCAGUCGCAGCUGCACACGCACAUGAAGACCCACGGACUGGCCUUUCCGUACGAGUGCGACAAGUGCGACGAGAAGUUCCUGCAGCAGGCGCACCUCGACCAGCACCUCAAGAUGCACGACGAGUUCAAGUUCAAGUGCGACAUUUGCCCGAGCAGCUUCAACCAGGAGUCGCUGCUGAAAAAGCACGUGCAGCGUCACGUCGAGGGACGCUACCUUUCCUGUCCGGUGGCCAACUGCGCCGAGUCCUUUGCGGUGCGCCAGCAUCUGUCCAAGCACCUGCUCACCAACCACGCCCACCACGAGCUGCCGCCCCCGAAGCGCUCCAAGAAGACGGUCUCGCUGCAGACGCCACAACAGCCGCUGGCGAUGAUCGGCCAGCCGUUGUCCUUGCAGCACACGACGGGGCAGCGGGGACGUCCGCCGAAGAACAAGAACAAGGCGACUACGCUGGCCGCCACGGCCAUCAAGAUCGAGAUCAACGAACCACUCCACAGCCAGCAUAUCAGCAGCGUAAGUGGCCUGUCCAUCCAGCAGCAGAUCAACCAGCACAUGCAGCAGCAGGCGGCGCAACAACAGGCGCAACAGCAGCAGGCGCAGCAGCAGCAACUCCUGCACCUGCCGAUGGGUCAGGCGGUUAAAGCACGCUUCAUACCCACUAAGUAGGAUAGUUAAGGAUGGAAAGGUCUCUCUAAGCUUAAGCCCGGAUCGAUCAGCAGCUAAACUCCAUGAUUAGCCUAGCCAUAGCCAAAGUAGCAUCACAUCCAGCCCCCACACACUAUAUACCCUCGCAAGAUAUGAUAAAGCGGAUGGUUCUGAAAUCUCUAAAGAUCUCGAAAUAGUUUUGGGUGCCUUAAAUGCAAUAAAACAUAUAAUAAUAUAUGUAUUAGGCUUUCCUAACCAUAAUGUUUAUUGAACUCUUUGAUGAUUGUCGAAAUUUCAAACUCUUGCCAGUUUCUUUUUUUAAAAAGGAAAUUAAUUAGAUCUUUAAACUUAAAACAUGGUUAAAAAUUGUUUUCGGCGGACUAAAAAGAAAAAAAGGUUAGGAUUUCAAUACUAUUGUUUUUAUUAGAUUUUUUAUUGAUUUUCAUAAACCUAUAUUUUUUAGGGAUAUUAUAAUGUUUGUUGUUGACACAGGAAGAACGUAUGCUAUGAUUUUCACAAGUGUACUAUUAAAAUCCCUGUACAUCCAUAACUGUAUUAUCCUUUAAACUGCGGUUAAUUUAAAUGAAAUAUUUUAUACACUUCAAAGGAUAUAAAAUAUGUUACUCUCUAAAAAGAAGGGUUCAGUCAUAAAUCUGUAUUUUAAUACACUUCAAAAUAAGACGAGAUUUAAAGAACAACAUUUUGAGUAUUAGAAAUGAUAGAAAAAGGAAGUUUUAAUCAGGUGUUUUAAUACACCAUCAUUUGACAUACAUUUUGGCACAACAAAUUAAUUUUGAAAUCGUCAUAGAGAUUUGCAGAACAUCCCGAAUUAAGAGUCGGCGGCAAGCUGCUGGUUCAGUUUGGUGUCUGUCUCCAUUUGUUUCAUUUUUUCAAUUUUCCAACCAAAGCAAUAGACAAACCAAAUGUCCCUAAAAUACAUUUAAAAAACUAUAAAGCUAUGUAUAACAUCUUAAAACGAAGAGCAGCACCAGAUGGACAGACAAAAAAACAACUGACUUUAAUGUAUGCACAUAAACACACAUAUAUAUAUAUAAAUAUAUAUUAUAUAUACAUGAGAUCAGGUUGAGAAAUCUGAAACUUAAAUCGAAUUAAAAUUUUAAUGUAAUGGUAAGGCACAGCGAAACAGAAAUUAAAAUUUUGAAAAAAUCAGAAAGCAAAUACAAAUCACCUACGAUUAAAAGUAAUUAUGCUUAGAGAAGAGCAACAAAAACAAGAAGUAACGAAAAUGCGAUUAAAUUUGGUAUGUAUUUAUGUUAAGCAUUAGUUUAAGUGUUUUUAUUUUUUUUUUAAUAAAUCAUUACAAAAAAUAA